AUGGCAACUGGGCUGGAUGGCGACAGAGGUACCAUCCCCAAGCAUCCGCAGCAGCUUUUCUUUGACAAUGUCAACCCUGCAACGCGGCUUCUGGAGAAGCGCCGGCAAAUGUAUGAGGUGCAGGAUGCUUUAGAGAACCAGAAGGCGCGCUUUGCCAAGGAGGAAGAGCAGUUCCGGAAAAAGGAGGAACAGCUGCGAGUAAAGGAUCUUCAGCUGCAGAACCAGUUGGUGAAAUUCAACAAGUUCUUGCAGGACAAUGAGGCCAAGCGGCGACGCUCUGAGACCCGAGCCCAUGAAGAAGCGGCCCAGAUCAAGCUGAAGGAUGAAGAAAUCCAGGAUCUAGAGAAGCAGGUGUGGAUGCAGACGAUCAAGGUUGAAAGCGCCAAAGACCAAAUGCUGCGCGACUUCUCGCAGACCUUGCUGCAGGAGAUUCAUAAAAUCGCAGAACAGCUCCAGGAAAGCUUCAGAGAAGAGCUUCGUAGAGAGCUCGAGGAGCUUCGGUCAAACCUGGCCAAGGACCGCCACGCGGCGCAAUUCUUCCGUGGCUCGGAGUGCGUCUCCAAGGCGACCACUGAACGAGGGCCAGCGCGCCCACAAUUGAAGCAGGCAAGAAGCUUCCACUUCUCUCCACAUGUUUGGGCCACGCGCCACAUUCGGCGCUACCGGCAGAGUGAAGAUGAAGACGAAGAGGACACAGAAGGUGAAGAACUACGUGUCAAGUCUACCAAAUCUCGUGUGCCUUCACGUCCAUCGACCGCUGCUAGCAGACCGAGGGUCUCCUUUGCUCUAAGCAAGCAAAGCAGCUGCGAUCUGCGAGCCGUCGCCAGCAGCCCUCAUCCUCAUCGGCCAGUGGUGCUGUUGGGGCAGGAGGCCGAGCUGGAGUCAAAGGCAGAAGAAGUGAUUGGUCACCAGGUUCAAGAUCCCCCUGGUGUGAUCCAGACCGACGUGGAUGCGGUUACCAACAGCCUGGACUUGCCGGCCCGAUUGGAUUCCCAAGGACUCACAGUUCGAAAGGAUGAUAGUAGUGGAGGAGAUGGCAGCCAAUUGCUUUCUCCCACGCGUGCCAGCCAGCCACGUCCAAAAACAAAAGCCGUGAGCGUGAGACCAGCUGACCAGCGGCGGAAUGGCUGUGAGAGCAUCGAAGUGGCCAUGGGGUUGCGUGCCAUGUUUUCCGAAAAUCAUCAGCGACACCGUGAUUUGGGAGGUUGUCGUCGAUGGAUCUCAAGAUUUGUGCGGAGCCAGAAGUUUGAGUACUUGGUGGUGGCAGUGAUCGUGACUCACACAGUAUUGGUGGGAGCGCAGAUCAACUGGAUGACGCUCAGUGGUACUGCAGAUCCAUCUCCUGGCUUUCGAGCAAUGGACAUUCUUAUUUGCAUCUUUUUUGCCACAGAGGUUGGACUGAGACUCACGGCCCAUGGCUUCAAGUUCUUCUACAUGUUAGGUUGGGGAUGGAAUGUCUUAGAUUUCUUUUUGGUCCUCGCCCAGCUCUUGGAGGAGAUUCUGAUCUUGGCCUCGAACGGACACUAUGGAGGAAUGGACUUUGGUGUUCUGCGGAUUGUUCGGACGCUUCGCUGCAUCCGCCUGCUUCGGGUCCUACGGCUCACGCGCUUCUUCGAUGACCUGCGGAGCGGGGGGUGGGGGGCGCUGGCUCGUGUUUUGAUAUGGACGGAGUGCGUCGACAGCUCAAUUUCCCUGGACCAAAUACCAAAGUUGGCUCUAUCUUUUCUGGGACCUCGAUGUUUCGAAUUCGAAGACCAAAGAACCACAGUGGGCUUUACCUUUGGAGCAAUCCUGGACAUGACUAUGGUCCAUGUAUGUGAGGCUUUCCCCAUGUUUUGA